UAGUAUAAAAACCCCCCACUACGUGUUCCUGAUCGAGGCAUUCAAACCUGAACACUCAACCAAGAAGAUGAGUCUCAGCGCCAAGGACAAGGACGUAGUCAAGGCCUUCUGGGCUAAAGUGGCACCUAAGGCUGAUGACAUCGGCCAAGAUGCUCUGUCCAGGAUGCUGGUGGUUUACCCACAGACCAAGACCUACUUCGCCCACUGGAAGGACCUGAGCCCUGGCUCUGCCCCAGUGAAGAAGCACGGAGCAACAGUGAUGGGUGGAGUUGCUGAUGCUGUGGGCAAAAUCGAUGACCUGACUGCAGGUCUCCUGAACCUCAGUGAGCUGCAUGCCUUCACUCUCAGAGUGGAUCCUGCCAACUUCAAGAUUCUGGCCCAUAACAUUCUUGUGGUCUUUGCUACCAAGUACCCCAACGACUUCACCCCUGAGGUCCAUAUGGCUGUGGAUAAAUUCUUGGCUGCUCUGGCCCGUGCCCUCGCCGAGAAAUACCGAUAAAUUGCACAGUUGGAGAAGACAGUAGACAGCAGACAACUGCCUCCAUGUCUGAAUAUGAAUAAAAGACCAAAUGCAGUAAAAGUGUCA